GGUAGCCUACUAAGAACGGAAGUUUCAUCACUGAGCGAAACGUGUGAUUUACUGUACAUGGGUAAAUUAGUAGGCUCAACAAUCUUUGGUGUUAUUGUAGCCUAUAUAUGAAAGCAAUUUAUAUAGCUAGAAACGGGGUUGCCACCCGCCAUAAAACUCAAAAAAGAAGAAGGAUUAACAACCUGAAUGCUUACUUAUUGAAACGAGGAUGCUUCUGUUUUGUCCAACUUGUGGGAAUGUGCUGAUUGUGGAGGAGGGACAGAGAUGCUACAGGUUCGCCUGCAACACAUGUCCUUACGUGCACAAUAUUACUAGAAAGGUAAACAACAGAAAAUAUCCAAAGCUAAAAGAGGUUGAUGACGUGCUUGGAGGAGCUGCAGCAUGGGAAAAUGUUGAUUCCACGGCAGAAAAAUGUCCAAAGUGUGAACAUCCAAGGGCUUACUUCAUGCAGAUCCAAACUAGAUCAGCUGAUGAACCAAUGACCACCUUCUACAAAUGUUGUAAUGCUCAGUGCGGACAUAGGUGGAGAGAUUAACAUACAAAGUCUUGUUAAAGUACAGGGAAAACUAUUAUUAAAAAUGUUUUAAUGUAAAUACAACUAAUAAUGAAUGUCAUUUAUUCAAUAAAAUAUUCACAAAA